GGCUAGCGAUUUCUCACUUAUUUAUUCACUCUUUUUAUUACAACUCUCCCAAGUAUAUCUCAGUCUCUCUUUAAUUUCUUUGAAUUAUUUCGAAUGGAUGGGAUGGAGGGCAAAGUGGAGAUGAUGAACAAACGAAGAGUGAAGAGUCGUGAAUUGUUUUUACGGUUUUCGGCCUUUCUGUUUACUCUUGUUUCUGUAAUUCUUAUCGGGCUGAAUAAGCAAAGUAAGCUUAUUCCGAUAAAGCUCUUGGCCAAUUUCCCACCCGUUGACGUUCUUGUUACUGCUAAGUGGAAAUACCAGUCUGCCUUCGUAUAUCAUAUGGUGGCAACUCUUAUCGCAUGCUCGUAUGCAGCAGUGUCUCUGUUUGUUUUGAGUGCGAACAAGGGGGGCGGAAAGAGGGGCUUAGCUUCGAUCAUCGUUAUUCUUGAUCUAGUGAUGGUGGCAUUGCUAUUUUCCAGCAGCAGCGCGGCCGGAGCCAUCGGUGUCUUGGGGUACACAGGAAAUUCACAUGUGCAAUGGCAUAAAGUUUGCAAUGUUUUUGGGAAAUUCUGUGAGCAAGCUGCCGCUGCAGUUGGCUUGUCUCUAUUUGGUGGAUUGGCGUUGCUCUUGCUGGUUGCCUUUCAAGCUUUGGGAGCUCACAACAUUCCCAACUAGAAACUUUGAACACCAUGAAUGCUUUCAUGGAGACCUUUUCAUGUUUCUGCCCCUUUUUAUUUUUAUGCCUACUUGGUUUGAUUUUGUUUAUUUUCUUUUUUUAAAAUGCAUGCUCCUUGUUGUCUC